CUUAUGUUGAUAUUUUACGACAUUACCAGCGAGAUACCGGGCAGGGCAUGGUCUCCCAAUACUUGGAAGACACGAUUCUGCCUGAAUUACAAGGGUAUACCAUAUAGAACGGAAUGGGUCGAGUAUCCUGAUAUCGAACCUCUCUGCAUCGAGAGGGGUAUCCCACCCACGAGCUACUGGGCGGACGGUAAACCUCACUACACCCUACCUGCCAUCCACGAUCCCUCUACAGGAACAUACAUCGCCGACUCCCUCCUCAUCGCGGAGUACCUCGACAAAACGUAUCCAGACACCCCACGGAUCUUUCCGCGUGGUCUUGAGGCCCUCCAGCUCGGCUUCGUCAAGUCCUUCAUGACCCAACUCGACAGCAUCUGGACUAGCAUCAUUCCUCAAAUUGCUAACCACCUUAGUCCUCGCUCACUGGAAUACUUUCGGCGGACGAGGGAGAAGUCGUUCCAUAAGCAGUUGGAGGACAUAGCUCCCGUUGGACAGGCGCAGAGUGAGGCUUGGGAUCUGUUCAAGCGCGGACUGGAUGUCGUGAACGGGUGGUUGGAGAAAAAUAGUGCGUCGGGGCCGUUUGUGAUGGCUGAUACCGUUUCAUGGGCGGACUUUGCCGUUGGGGGUUAUCUUAUCUGGAUGAAGAUUGUUUGGGGCGAGGAUAGUCAGCAGUGGAAGGAUAUUUCAAGUUGGGGUGAGGGAAGGUGGGGUGCUCUCAUCGAGGGUUUGGAGAAGUACAGUGAAAUCAAGUAACCAACAUCAGAGCUGGCUCGAAAGCUCUACAUACUUAGCACCGAGAUUUUUCAGUGUAUUUUCCUGGAAGCCAGCAUGAAUCUGUCUCAGCAUUUUUUCCUCAUGG